ACAUGGUUUCAAGCCUGUGCCGUCGCGUCCGAGCUUUCGAACCACAGCACUCACACAAGUUCCCUACCAGGACCUGGGUCGAUGCCGUGACAGGGGCUUGAUGGGCAAACUCCAACUAUACCCACUGUCCACUAUGGUAUGGAUCUGCUGCUGCCGCUGCCAAAACAAACCAUCAAAAGUGCUUGGUGAUUUGUGCUUUUCUGGUGAAGCAACGACACGGCGUCCAAACCAUCUCGGUGCGACGUUUGGGGGCCUGUGUUCUGCCUUGUGUUAUUUCUCCGACUCGCGUGUCCAUCGAUCCCUUGAGGUUGUCCCCUGUCUAUGGCCAGAGUCCCUGCCGAGUCUGAGAAACAGUCCAUGAUCCCAUUCUCGUCUCUGGAGGCUGACAUUGUGCCCCUCGGCUGUGUCCCGAUACACUUCAGACGACUGCCGGAGUCAACCAGAUGUCAA